AAGCAAUGCUUUCAAGACAAGAAAACUGAAGUUUUAAAAAAGUCAAUAAAAUCAAAAUUUUCCAAAGGGGUUAGUCCAUCCUUUUUUUAAUUUUGGGCAAAUUAAGCCAGAAAAAAAAUCAUAUUUUGAUAUUGUGGAGAGAAAAGAAUGCUUUUUAGACCAGAAGAAAGAUAUUUUUGAAAAGCCCAAGAAAUCGAAUCAUGCUUUGUGUCAAAAAAGCCAAUUUUUUUUUCAUGCGUAGUUUUUGGACAAACCAACCCAGAAAAGACUUUUUUUGAUAUUCUGGAUAGAAAAGAACGUGUUUAGACCAGAAAUGUGAUGUUUUAAAAAAGCCCAAAAUUUUCCAAAGGGGUUAGUGCAUGGUUUUUGUGAAAAAAUCGAAUGUUUUCUCAUAGGUAUUUAUUAGGCAAAUUAAGCAAGAAAAGACGGUUUUUUGAUAUUCUGGAUAGAUAAGAAUGCUGUUUAGACAUUAAAAGUGAAGUUUUAGAAAAGUCAGAAAAAUCAACAUUUUCCAAAGGGGUUAGUCCAUGGUUUCUGUGAAAAAACCGAAUGUUUUCUCAUAGGUAUUUAUUAGGCAAAUUAAGCAAGAUAAGAUGGUUUUUCGAUAUUCUGGAUAAAAAAGAAUGCUUUUUAGACCAGAAAAGGGAAUUUUUAAAAAAGUCCAAAAAAUCGAAAUUUCCCAAAUAGAUUAUACUUUUUAUCCAAAAAUUGAAUAUUUUCUCAUGGGUAUUUUUUUGGAAAAAUUAAGCCAGAAAAGAUUGUUUUUUGAGAUUCUGGAUAGGAGAGAAUGCUUUUUAAGCCAGAACAGUGCAGUUUUAAAAAGGAAAAAAAUGGAAAUUUUCGAUAGCUGUUAUUCCAUGGUUUUUGUUAAAGAAUCGAACAUUUUCUUAUGGGUAUUUUUUGUGCAAGUUAACCCAGAAAAGAUUGUUUUUUGAUGUUCUUGAUAGAAAAAAUGCUCUUUAGGCCAGAAGAGUGUAGUUUUAAAAAAGUCUAAAACAUCGACAUUUUCCAAAGUGGUUUGUCUAUGGUCGUUUUUAAAAAAUCGAAUAUUUUCUUAUCGAUAUAUUUUGGAUAAAUGAGCGAGAAAACAUUGUUUUAAGUUCUGGAUAGAAAGGAAUUCUUUUUAGACCAGAAAAAUGAUGUUUUGAAAAAGUCCAAAAAAUCGAGAUUUUCCAAAGGGGUUAGUCCAUGAUUUUUGUAAAAAAGUUCGAACUUGUCUCAUUUGUGCUUUUUCCGCACAUCAAGCCAGAAAAGAUCGUUGUAUGGUAUUCUGGAUAAGAAAGCUUUUUAGACCAGAAAAGUGAAGUUUAAAAGAACGGAAGGGGAUGGAGAUUUUCUAAAGGGGUUAGUCUAGGGUUUCUGUCAAAAAAUCGAACUUUUUCUUAUCUUUGUUUUUGAGAGAAAUCAAGCCAGAAAAAUCGUUUUUUUAUAUAUUGCACAGAAAAGGAUGUUUUUCAGACGAGAAAAGUAAAGUUAUAAAUAAGUCCAAAAAAUCGAAAUUGUCCAAAACGGUUAGUCCAUGGUUUUUGAUCUGUGUUUGUUUGGCAAAUCGCGGCAGAAAAGAUCGUUGUUUUGAUAUUCUGGAUAAAAAAAAUGCUUUUGAGAUAGGAAAAGUGACGUUUUGAAAAAGUCUAACAAAAUCGAAACUUUCCAAAGUGGCUAGUCCAUGGUUUCUGUCAAAAUUUUGAAAUUACUUCACUUUUCUUUUUAGGGCAAAUAGGCUAAGUAAAAGUGCUCGGUUUCGUUUUAGAUAGAAAAGAAGCCUUUUUUGGAAUACAAAAACAUUAACUCAAAAGUCGAAAUAUUGUUAUUUUUUUCAAAGGUGUUAGUCCAUGGUUUUGGUCAAAAGCUUUAAGUUUUCUUCCUUGUUUUAGGCUAAAUAGGCUUAGAAAAAGUUUUCGGUAAUGUUGUACAUAGAAUCUAGCCUUUUUUGACUUUUCAAAGUCAAAUUUUUUAAUUGAUAUAUUUAAAAAUAUAUCAAUUGAAAAAAUUUGAAAAAUUGGCACUUUUUUUAAAGGGUAUAGUCGAUGGUUUUGCUCAAAAUUUUUGAAAUUUCUUUAUUUUUUCUUUUUAGACCAAACGGGACAGGAAAAUGUGUUUGUCGGCAUUUUUGGAUUUGGGUUACACAAUGAUUUUGGGUCAAAAUGUUUACUUUAAGUAGAAAUAUACAAGAAAUUAUGUUAAGCUUUGUUUUAGGUAGACCUUGAAAUAGGGCUUCUAGAUCAGUUUUAAGGAGUUUGAUGUUAGCAGGUAUCUUAAUUUUUUGGGAUUUUUUCCAAAGGUGUUUAGCCUAUGGUGUUGGUUCUAAAUGUCAACCAUUUAUCUAGGUUUGUUUAUGGUCAAAUCAAGAAAAGUCAAGAAAAAUGCUUUUAAAGUAGUAGUGAGCUUUUGUUACCCCUAUUCCUUUCAUUGGAAAUCGUAAUGGAAUAAUAAUGGCAGGUGAAAUAAUAAACACUUAACGACUUCUCCCAAGGGAAACAGUCAAUUUUGUUUCCCGAGAAUCUCAAUGCUUCCCUAGGGAAACAAAAUUAACUGUUUCCCGAGGGACCAGUUUUAAAGUGAUUUGUUAGAAAAACUUUUUCGUGUAGAAAUUUAUGAAAAUAAAUCUCUCAAGCGGUCAACAUUCGCCGGUAACAGUGCAAUGUUACCCUCUCACGUCAUUGAAUUUGCAAUGUAGCCCGCUCAAAGAUUUUGGUGGGAAAUAGUUUCAUAGUUAGAUGUGAUCUGAACUCAAAGUAACCAAUGAGAGCGCGCGCUGUCGGGAAAAAAAUUCUAGCUAUAUAACAAAAUGUAAUAAUAAACAAUGCGUAUUGUUCAAUGAUCAGCUGGGAUAAGGUACAAUUAUCGAAUAGGCGUAAUUAGCUGAUACUUAGCUGAUGAUAAGGUAAAGAUCAGUUAUAAUAAGGUGGUGAUUAUGUUAUGAUUGGUUAAAAAGGUGAUUUCUAGGUUUGACACGGUAAAGGUUAGUUAUGAAUUGGUGAAGUGAUGACUUCACGAAAACAAAUUUUGUGAAGUUACGUGAUUUAUUGGCAUAUCCAGAAGGAGCAAUAUGAAAAAAGCGCCGUUGCAAAAAGUAAGACUUUUUCGGUGGAUAGAUAAAAGCACUGUUAUGCUCUGAUGACUCUAUACAAAUCUUUCAGUUUAAAACUGGCUUGGAUCGUAACGUUUACGAUCUAGGCCUGCUAACCAAUCACAUAAUUUUUACAAUUAAUUUGAACUUUUGUGACGUCACAUGUCUUCUCUCUUUAAGGUAGUACAAGGUUCAGAUUUGGGUUGAUUAGGGGUAUAUUUGUAUGAAUAGAAGGUUAGGUAUGUUUCGGGUGAUGAUUAUAAUUCAUUAAUGAUUGAGUAAAAAUGGGUUUAUUGUUAGGUAAAUUUUAGUGGAAAUUUCAGACACAAAACACGCUUACCUCUUUUUUAAGAAGUAAGAUGCCGCCAACUAAAAUCGAAGUCCUCGUGACAUCGCCUAACACCAUUUCCUGCCUUCCUUUGACCAAAAAUAAAGAGAGAAGAUAUUUCAGUUUUUAGUCGGAAAUCACAAGGUACCGCCUUCGGAAAAUGUAAGAUGGUCGCCAAAAAAAAAUGGACGUCUUGGUAUGUGGACUAAGUGCCCUCUUGAUCGCUUAAAAACACUACCAUGAAUCAUUGAUCGGUUCUAGGUCACAGUAUUCAAUUAGGCAGUAAUAAUAAUUGUUCGGACCUCGCUUGAGGGGGCAAAAUACGCAAGAUGGUCAGGUUUGUAGACCAAAUCAUCACUUUAAAAAGACGUAAAUAAACAAACCUUAUCAAUUGCGAUUAUAUCACUAAAAGAUAUUUGAAAUUUCAUGGCAAAAUAUUUGACUACCCGCUUUGGAAAAAUAAAAGAUGCCCGUAAGCCAAUUCUCGUUAUGUGGUCUACAUCACCAAACAUUGCCAAGGUAUCAUUUCCACAUCGUGAUUCAAUGUUAACAUCCGCAACCUCGACAUCGGCGAAGUGAAACUCGAAGAUGCAAGCAUUUAGGCUUAGUGUUACAAGGGUACUGUGAGCUAGAAAUGAUGCGUUAUAGCGGAGCUCUCGUGCGCGACGCGCGCCAGCGGAACACCACGGGUAAGAAAAUUUGGUAAACUAUCCAUCCUAGAAAAUUUGGUUUUGACGUAGCGUACGAACGACCGUCCAUACAGUCACUACAUGUAAGCCGAUGCCAAAUGUCAGGUUAUUUUGGCAGGAAAGCGUAUGGCCACCCGCGUCUUGUGAAGCAAACACAAUAAAGAGUCAAUAAAGACGAAAACGGAAAGCGGAAAAUGUUUCUGUAUCCGUGUUUUUUUUUAAGUAUUAAGCUUAGAUUAAUUGCCAUGUCCACAAAUUUGGAAUAUAGAGAAAGAGAAAGAAAAAGAAAAAAAAGUAGAACGACAGACCAGCGAAGCUAACGAGAAAAAGAGCUUGAGCGAGAGGGGAAAAACAAAAGGAGACAUUUUCUGUUGGAGGAACAAAAUGAAAUUUUGUAGAGGCGGGAUGCUAGCGGCCACCAGGGUGAAAAUGAGCGUUUCUUGAAGUUUCACGUAACAGUCGUGCAAAACAACGGAAAGAAAUGAACAAAAAAAGUGUGCUGCACGUGCAAAGUUGCUUUUUUGCUAAUUAGACCUAUUGUUUUUUUUUACCGAUCUCGUUGCCUUCGCCGCUGAGCAUUAUACGAUUUUAUAUUUUGUUUGAGCAAACUAUAGAAAUUAUCAAGAGCUUCGCUUUUAGCCCUGGCUAAAUCAAUAUAUUAUGUUACUAUAACAGCUGUCUUGCUCGUCACGGAGAAUAUUUUGCCUUCUCGUCAUCUUGUUGAGCAGCGAAUGAGGGACUCUACCAUACCACAUGACCAAAGAGGUGGUAAAAAUAUGAAUAUUGGAAAUAUAGAGUAUGACAUUAGAGAGCUUUAGAGUCAAACCAACGCCCAAAUCAAAGUCAUUAUGGCGGACAAAUGUGGUAGCCAUCGUCAUUCUACUACGAGUUUAAGCGAGAAUGUCGUAGUGGCAAAAACAAGUUAUAUCAAUUAGCGAUCGGGAAAGGGCUUUACCUCGUUCAACGGAGAUAAACUAACGGUUGUGGUGAAAAAAAAGUAAGAUAAAGCUUUCCAGGGUGUCCUUGUUUCGAGAAUAGGCGAUAAAACUUAAAACUAAGUGUAGUCCUCGUGGUCGUCCUAGUCCUGAAAUCCAGAGCUGUCUAUUCACCAACACGGACGAUUUAUUGAGUACUGUGUUAUGGCACAAAUAUUUUGAGUAGAGUAGUGAAUGUUGUAGUUUUUAAAAAAUAACAAAAAGCAAGACAUGUUAAAAUUUAUUUAUAGAUAAAUAACUUUCCUCCUUGAAAUAAAAACACCCUUUUUACUCUUAAGCAGCGCUUUGUAACCUUUCCAUGAGUCCGUUCGGGGUCUCUUUAAGGUCGAUCAUAGCGUCUAUGGACGAGGUAGAAAAGGGGAAAAUGAAUGCAGCAACAAGUGAUAGUUUGUACCCCGUUUUAUUCGUGGAUAAAUAAAACUCGUGCUUAAAGUUGCGAGAACCGUUUUGCAAUAGAAGCAAGUUUUACUAAAAAAAUCAGCAUUGAAAACGAUACAAAAAGGGUAGGUCAUACAAAACAUGGACAGGAAUUUACGUGCAGGUUAUGGUAGCAUAAUAAAUAGGUCACCAGGGAGUGCUCGUUCACAUGGCGGAGUCCUGUAAAUUAAGAAAAAAUAUAUUAAAAGUACUUUUAUUUAUAAACUACAUAACAGAAUAGUGUAUGGCGGUGAAGCAAUACACCAUGUAUGAUAUUGGUGACGGCAGUGGUGAAAGUCUUCACGUGACAACACUGUUGUUGGUAGUGGUGGUAGCAAUAGGAAAGUAGUAGUAAUAAUGGUAAUGGUAGUGACACUAGUAGUAUUGUUAAUAGGGAUUGCAAGGGUAGUGGUGGUGGCCACUGAGGUGGAAUUAGGGGUGAUAGUGGCAAUAUUGGUGGUAGUGAUGGUGGGAGAAGUAGUACUGGUGAUAGUGCUGGUAGUGUGCGAUAGCACGGAUGAUAGUGGUAGCGGCCACGUUCACACUGGAAAUAAUGGUAGUGUAGCAGUGGUAGUGAUAGCGACAGUGGUGAUAUUGGUGGUGGUGUUCACUAACACUAGUGAUAGUUGCAAUGGUUGCGGUACUGGUAUUAGUAACGGUCACACUGCAACUAAUAGUAGUGGCAGAAGUGGUGGUGGUAUAAAUGAUAGUGGUGAUAAUUGUGGUGGUGUUCACUCACGCUAG